AAGAGCCCUUUGGGUGACAGGAAGUGACCUUUUCAAAUAGUCGCCUGCAGUUUCCUUCAAAGACCCUGUUGCGGAUAAAAACGCAGAACAGGCGCUCCGUUUGUCGCACAAACUGCCGCAGACAUGGAGACGGAGAACAUUUUCCUCUUCGUUCCUAAUUUAAUCGGUUAUGCCCGGGUGGUGCUGGCCCUGAUCUCCUUCUUCCUGAUGCCCUGCUGCCCGUGGCCGGCCGUCUUCUGCUACCUGCUCAGCGCUCUGCUGGAUGCCUUUGACGGCCAUGCAGCGCGAGCGCUCAAUCAGUCCACUAAGUUUGGCGCCAUGUUGGACAUGCUGACUGACCGCUGCGCCACCAUGUGUCUGCUGGUCAACCUAUCCCUGCUCUACCCCUCCUACACCUUCCUGUUCCAGCUCAGCAUGUGUCUGGACAUCGCCAGCCACUGGCUGCACCUGCACAGCUCGACUGUAAAGGGAUCAGCGAGUCAUAAAACCAUCGACCUCUCUGGGAACGCCAUCCUACGCCUCUACUACACCUCCAAGGUCUUGCUGCUGUUAAAAUCCAGAGCUGGGAACGUUAACGUGUUCAGGUGCUGAACAGGAAACUCAUCGUCUGAUGUUAAACUCGAGUCGCUGGAUUUCUCCACAGGCUGGCUCUACUGGCUGCAGGGGCUCUGCGGGAUCAUCUGCCUGCUCAAGUCCGGCAUCAGCGCCCUGCACCUCAUCACCGCCUCCAAGAACAUGGCCGCCAUUGAUGCCGCCGAGCGGGAGAAGGCCUCGAAGAUGAAGUAAGAGGUGACGGGGAGGCGGCGAGAGCUGCGACAGCAUCAGCAGAUCCGUCGCGGUUUCCCGUAUUGUUGUUUUCUUAAAGGGAAAGUUUGUCAGACCGACACGGAUUCUGACCAAAUAUGGAGAAAAAUAUUCCAAAUCCACGGCGCAGCCUUUAAAUCACAACAUAAGCUCAUAAUGCAAACGUAAAGGACGACACGCACGGUUACAUCCCCGUUUACCGCUCACCUGUUUUAUUACGCUAACGUCAGAGGCGUGUCCGUCGGUGACGACAGCGAGAGCUAACGCAGGUGUUCUUUACUUUUCCGUUAAAGCUGAAACGAGCCGACGAUUCGUAUCAGAUUUAUCGAUUACACCUAAACAAAUGUUGCUCAUUCUCACUGCCACACUUUCAGUUUUACAUCAUAGCAAUAAUUAAAAAAAACAUCUGAACGCUUUAAAAAAACAACAACAAAUUUUUAAAUUAAAUAUUUAAGUUUGAACAGACACAUACGGAGGACCAAAAGUCAAAAAUGAAUUUAGAAAUCACUAAAAGAAUAAGAAGUAAUGUUAAUAAUGACUGUAGGCAGGAAAAAUAAUGUUGCUGUUAUCUGCUAAUGUGUUUAUACAUCCAUCAAUAUUUAAAUCUAGAAAGAAAAGUAAAUACAGAAAUAAGAGGAGUGACUAAAGUCCGGCCGAAAUAAAUGAGGCGCGAUCUGAGAGGACAAAUAUGUAAAUAAAGAAGCAAAUAAAAUGGCUAAUUAUUACAAAAGUAAACAAAAACUCAACCUUUUUUUGGGGGGGGGGCAUUCUUAGUCCUCCGUAUCUGAAUAUCAACGUUCCAAAUUGUUGUUGUUGUUAUUAUUAUUAUUAUUAUCAUUAUUAUUUUCCCAUUUUACAGACCAAACUAUUAACAAUGUUAAAAAAAUGAAAACACAGAUUAUUGUAAUUAUUACUAUUAUUGCUGUUAUUUUUAGUAUUAUUGUUGUAAUUAUGCUGCUGUCUGAUCGCUGCCUGUUGUCAGGUCGAUGUCGUCGGCUCAGUGAUUGUGAUUAAUUGACAGAUGAUUGAUGGGAGGCUCAGUGUGAAGCUGAGAGGAGGCGGGGCGUUCGGUCUGACCGGACGCACCUGUGCAGGUGUGCGUGUAGAUGAUGUCAUGACUGGUGUGUUUAAAUGAAUGAGGAGCAGCUGGCGAUGUGUAGCGCCCGUUAACCGUCCCAAGUCGCCUCCACCGUGACCGUCAGGCUGGUUAAUGGUAAAAUCUAAAUUCUAAUGCUUAUUCCACUCUCUGAAAAUCCACUUUUUAUUCCUUAUUUAGAUAUUUUUUUAUUUGUUUUUGAUUUGUGACGAAACCGUCCCUGAAAUGAUGACACGACCAAAAGCUUAAAUAUUCCUCUCACCUUUCGUUCUGUUCCUGCGCCUCACUUCCUGUUCCUGCUGAUGCUUGGCUGUUUAGUCGGAGGCUGAGCAGUAGCUGGGCUCGUUUUAUUUUAGUGCUAGGAGAGGAAGCGCCUCCUCUGUCAGAAACUGUACGUUUACCUCACCUGAGGAGCACCAAGUGUUACCUGUGUGUGUCGCUUUGACGGAGCCAAUCAGAGAGCGUGCUGAAACCCGCAUACUGUAUUUGCUAGAAUGUAUUAAUAUGAAAUGUAUAUCUCGACCUGAAAGCAAAGUUUGAUGUUCUAUUUAAAAGGAAAUAAUGUUGUAAUUUAAAUAUUUGAUGCUGGUUUUGUUUGCUUGGUUUGAAUUUACUGCA